UCCCGGGCGGUGCAUGGCGGCGCCGAUCAGGGUAAGCGGUUCCGGCUCGGCCCCUCUCCACGGUCACGUGCACGGCAGGCCCCGCCCAUGUCCUGCCCACUCUGUCCCUGAGAUUCCUGCGGACUCAGCUCCGGCCACUUAGGAAGACCCCGCGCCUCAGCGUCCGGUGGAUCAUCAAGGUUUGGUAAACUUAGCCACCUGGUGCAACUUCCCUUCCACAAAAAGCAGGCUCUGCUCCUGACCCCCUUGGGAAGAUAAUGCCACCCUCUUCCAAACUCAGCCCCUGAUCACCGUUCCAUGUCACCCAUGCCCAGCUCUGUGAAAGGUCUGGGUCAGGCCAGAUCCCCCAGCCUGGACAUGGCACCAGACACGUGCUGCUGUUCUGGUGCGGUCCUGAGGAGGAGGCUACCCGUCCUGGCCUGGCUGCCUAACUACUCUCUGCAGUGGCUGAGGCUGGACUUCAUCGCUGGCCUCUCCGUGGGACUCACCGUCAUCCCCCAGGGCCUGGCCUAUGCAGAAGUGGCAGGACUCCCACCCCAGUAUGGUCUCUACUCUGCCUUCAUGGGAUGCUUCGUGUAUUUCUUCCUUGGCACCUCCCGGGAUGUGACGCUGGGCCCCACGGCUAUCAUGUCUCUCCUGGUGUCCUUCUACACCUUCCGUGAGCCUGCCUACGCCGUGCUGCUUGCCUUCUUGUCUGGGUGUAUCCAGCUGGCCAUGGGACUCCUGCAUUUGGGGUUCCUGCUGGACUUCAUCUCCUUCCCUGUCAUUAAAGGCUUCACCUCUGCUGCCAGCAUCACAAUUGGCUUUGGACAGAUCAAGAACCUGCUGGGAUUGCAGAACAUCCCCCGUCAAUUCUUCCUCCAGGUGUACCACACCUUCCUCCACAUCGGAGAAACCAGGGUGGGUGACGCCGUUCUAGGACUGGCCUGCAUGGCACUGCUGCUCGUGCUGAAGUUCAUGCGAGAACACAUGCCUCCACCCCAUCCUGAAAUGCCCCUUGGUGUGAAGGUCAGCCGUGGACUGGUGUGGACUGUCACAACAGCUCGCAACGCCCUGGUGGUCUCCUUUGCGGCCCUGAUUGCUUAUGCCUUCGAGGUGACAGGAUCUCAUCCGUUCAUUCUCACUGGAAAGAUUGCUGAGGGGCUCCCUCCUGCGCGGAUCCCACCCUUCUCAGUGACCACAGACAACAAGACCAUCUCAUUCUCUGAGAUGGUGCAGGACAUGGGGGCUGGACUGGCUGUGGUGCCUCUGAUGGGCCUCCUGGAGAGCAUUGCCGUGGCCAAAUCCUUCGCUUCUCAGAAUAACUACCGAAUUGACGCCAACCAGGAACUGCUGGCCAUCGGCCUCACCAACGUGCUAGGCUCCCUCGUCUCUGCUUACCCAGUCACUGGCAGCUUUGGGCGGACAGCUGUGAAUGCCCAGACAGGCGUGUGUACCCCGGCAGGAGGCCUGGUGACUGGUAUCCUGGUGCUGCUAUCUCUGGACUACUUGACCUCACUCUUCUACUAUAUCCCCAAGUCUGCACUGGCUGCUGUAAUCAUCACGGCUGUGGCCCCGAUCUUUGACGUCAAGAUCUUCAGGAGGCUCUGGCGUGUUCAGAGGCUGGAUCUGCUGCCACUCUGCGUGACAUUCCUGCUGUCCUUCUGGGAGAUCCAGUACGGUAUCCUGGCUGGGACCCUGGUGUCUUUGCUCAUUCUCCUGCAUUCUGUAGCUAGGCCCAAGACCCAGGUGUCAGAGGGACAAAUUCUUGUUCUCCAGCCGGCCAGCGGCCUGCACUUCCCUGCCAUUGAUGCCCUCAGAGAAGCAAUAACAAAGCGGUCACUGGAAGCAUCCCCACCACGUUGCGCGGUUCUGGAGUGCACGCAUGUCAGCAGUAUAGACUACACUGUGACCGUGGGACUUGGUGAGCUCCUGGAGGACUUCCAGAAGAAAGGUGUCACUCUGGCCUUUGUUGGACUACAGGUGCCCGUGCUCCGCACACUGCUGGCUGCUGACCUCAAGGGGUUCCAGUGCUUCACCACUCUGGAGGAGGCUGAGAAAUUCCUGCUGCAGGAACCAGGGACUCAGCCCUACAACGUUCAUGAAGACGCUACCCCAGACUGCAGGAGCUCCCUGCUGAAGUCUCCCUCAGGCCCCUGAAGGGCAGCUGAUAUAGGAAGAGUUUCUAGAAAGUUCUGUCACCAUUACUUGGUGUCACCUGAUUGACUCACCAACCUGGCAGGACUAAAAGUGCACUGCAUAGGUGGCUCUGGGGAAGAGCAGGGACCCAUGUGUGAUUCUGGGCUGUCACUUUCCUGCUGUCCCCUAGGUGUGAGUAUUUGAGGGCUGGGUUGACUGGACAGUCUUCCAGAGAGAGAGAGAGAGCCAGAGAGACAGGGGACCCAUGACUUCUGGUCUGAGCUGUCAGGAUAAACUGGAACUUUCCAGAUCCCAAAUUCUUUAGAAUCAGGCCCUACCGGAGAAGAGUCAGAGAGACUGGACAUCUCAGAGACGUGUCUGACCAUGUCGUGAAGUCUAAACUGAGCUGAAGAGGGGACCACAGUGUGCCACACAGAGUCAAUUAUGUUUAAAAUCAUGUGUUUUUAAACGGAAGUCACUCUGGUGAUUUUGUAAAGCAAAACAAAAAACAUUAAUGCUUGCUUAAAAAAAAAAAAUCCAAGAACUCAUCCAACCUGUUCACCAUCCUCUUCAUCUGAGGUCCCCUGCCCAGGACAGGUAUGUAUCUGUCAGUGUGUACACACAGUGCCUGCUGUCUUAUGUGAAGAACUGAAUCACUAUAUUAAGGUGCUUUGUAAACUGUGUUCAUGCAGUCAUUAAUUGUGAAUUAUUUAUUGUGAUGAUCAAUGGAAUUAAAAUACAAGAUUAUUUUA